AUGCAGAAGUGUUGGGCCCAACAGGGUUCCAAUAGCUUGCGUUCUGCAAUCAAUUCCCGAAGACCACUCAACGCGGCCCUUGUCUUUCGGAGAACAUUACGGGAUGUAGCUAUCUCGAGGACGGGAAAGCCAAUCAUUAGGAUACAGGGUGGCAGGUCCUCACUUGGAGGACAUACCGCAACAGUCUUCGGGGCUACAGGCUUCUUGGGGCGCUACAUCGUUCACAGGCUAGCCUCACGAGGAUGUACCGUUGUCAUACCUUUUCGCGAAGAGAUGGCAAAACGGCAUUUGAAGGUUACAGGCGAUCUGGGCAGAGUCGUGUUCAUGUCUUUGCGGGAAUACGACCUUCGAAAUACGGCGUCCCUAGAAGAAAGCGUUCGACAUUCGGAUGUCGUUUACAAUCUUGUUGGACGGGACUAUCCUACCAAGAACUUCGAUCUUGAAGACGUCCAUGUCGAAGGCGCAGAACGGAUAGCCGAAGCCGUUGCCAAAUACGAUGUUGACCGCUUCAUUCAUGUCUCGUCCUAUAAUGCGAAUAAGAAUUCACCAUCAGAAUUUUUCCGUACAAAGGCUCGUGGAGAGGAAGUAGUACGCAAUAUCUUUCCCGAGACAACAAUUGUCAGACCGGCCCCUCUCUUUGGUUUCGAGGAUCGCUUGCUGCACAAACUUGCGGGCGUAACGAAUCUGUUCACGUCGAACCACAUGCAGGAAAGAUUCUGGCCUGUACAUGCCAUCGAUGUGGGCACUGCUCUAUCACUUAUGUUAGAAGACGACAAUACAGCAUCCGAGACCUUUGAGCUCUAUGGCCCCACCAACUACUCCAUGGCUGAAAUAGCAGAACUGGUUGACAAAGAAAUCUACAAGAAACGUCGGCAUUUGAAUCUUCCCAAACCUCUGCUGAAGCCGGCGGCGAAAUAUCUUAAUAGAUUCCUGUGGUGGAAGACCACAUCUGCGGAUGAGGUUGAAAGAGAGUACAUUGAUCAAGAGAUCGACCCGAAGGCUAAGACCUUCAAGGACUUGGGCAUGGAGCCGGCUGAACUGAAGAAUUUCACGUUUCAUUAUCUGCAAGGGUAUAGGAGCUCGGCUUUCUACGAUCUCCCACCAGCUACAGAGCGGGAAAAGAGAGAAGAGAAGAAAUACCUGCAUGUCAUUGACGAUCAGUGA